AUGAAAGGUCACGAAUGGGGCCUUAACCCGUACAUACAGAAGGUAUUGUAUAAAACAGUAAUUGAAAAAAUUGUUACAUACGGGGCGGCAGUUUGGUCAUUACCUAUGCAAGGUCGCAAGAUAAAACAUCUCCUAAGCAUACAACGACCGUUCUUACUGAAUAUUACCAAGGCAUUUCGUACUUCCCCAACUAAAGCACUAUGUGUAUUGACCGGUCUGCCACCGUUGCAUCUUAGUGUGGAAAAAGAAGCGACUUAUCAAACAGUCGCCCAAUUAGGCCAACCAGCAACCCUCCAUGAGGAUAAUUAUUUCCCAGCGGAAUAUGAGAAGAAGUUGAUCCGGCUAUGUGAUCAUCCAUCGAAACAGGGAAAAGGGGUGAACAUUAAUAUCAAGCAAAAUACCAACAUAACGGAUGCUGAUUUAGUCUAUUAUACAAAUGGCUUCCAAAUAGAUGAUAACACAAGCUGCGCCUACAUAGCCCUGCGAAACCUGGAUACACUAACACUUUGGAAAGGUCACUUGGACACCAAUAAUAGUGUGUUCCAGAGUGAGGUGUUAGGAAUUGACCGGGCACUAACCCACAUCGUACAGCAGCAACCAUAA